AUGUAUGAAGAUUUUAAUACAUUACCUUUAAUUAGAUCAAUUAGAGAAGAUGAAUUUGAUAAAGUUUUGGAAUUUUUAGAAAAAAAUUAUAACGAAUAUAAAGUUAAAGAUGGAAUAAUAAAUAAGAAAACAGAAAUAGUGGAUAAACAAACACAAGCUACUCCUUUAUUUUAUGUAACAGCAAGAAAAAGUGAUGAUGAAUCUGUUGAAAUUUCAAAGUUACUAAUUGAAAAAUAUGCACUGUGUAAUCCAACAACCAAAGAUUUAAUGAAACAGACAUGCUUAUUUUAUGCAGCUAGAGAAGGGCAUAUAAAUUUAUGCAAUUAUUUAAUUGAAAAAGGUUGUAAUCCAAAUGAUUCAGAUAAUUUUGGUCAAACUUGCUUAUUUUAUGCUUCAAGAGAAGGUAAGACAGAAUGUGUACAAAAUUUAAUUAAAAAGGGAGCUAAUCCUAAUCUAUUAGAUUUUAAUAAGCAAACCUGCUUGUUUUAUGCAUGUAGAGAUGGUAGAUAUGAUACUGUCAAAUGUUUAUUAGAAAAUGGAGUUAAUCCAUCAAUUAAGGAUUCUCAAAGAAGAACAGCUUUAACUUUUGCUAAAGGAAAUGGUCAUCAAAAUAUAAUUAAUCUUCUUAAAAAUGCCAACACAUUAAAUAGGUCAUUUAACGAGUCCCAUACACAAUCAAAUAACCUAAAUUCUUUAAAAAGAAAUUCAUCAUGUUUAUAUGGUCAAAAUUAUCAAAAUGAAAAUAAUAAUAAUAUAGCAAAUAUAAUGAGAGAUAAUAAUAAUAUUAAUAAUACUAAUAAAACAUUACGAAAAAAAUACAAGUUACAAUAUAGGCCUUUAGAGGAGGAAGAUCCUUUAUUAUGGUUAGAUGCACCUCUAAUAAAAAUUAAAGAAUUUGAGAGAAAAUUUCCACAACUAGCUUUAUGGCCAAAAAAUACAUCUGUAACAAAUAUAGAACUUAAUAACACUAAUAAUGCUUUUAACAAACAAUGGUAUACUUCAGCAAAUCAGUUAAUUCAGAGUUUAAGUAAAUAUGAUGGAGGUCAUAUUUUUGAAAAAUUAGUUGAUCCAAAAAAACAAAAUUGCCCAGAUUAUUAUGAUGUAAUUAAAAAUCCAAUGUCUUUUAGCUGUAUAAAAUCUAAAUUAAAAAAGGGUCAAUACAAAUCUCCAACAGAAUUUAUUAAAGAUGUUCAACUAAUAUUUGAUAAUUGUAAUUUAUAUAAUACUUCGAAUUCUCUUGUUGCUAUUACAGGAAAAAAUAUAGAAACAUAUUUUAACAAUCAACUGAUAGUUACAGGAUUUAAUAGUUUUGUUACGAAGGAAAAACGUAUUAAUGAACUUUUAAAAAAAGUUGAAGAAGAAAAUAUUAAAUGGAGUGAAGAACAAGAACGAGAACAAAAACAAGAACAAAAACAAGAACAAGAAAAGGAAAUGGAAAUGGAAAUGGAAAAAAAUGAAGAAAAAAUAAAACUAGAAGAAAAAUAA